AAGUAUUCUCAAAGUUAAGUUCGAAACGAGUGCAUUCAAGCCACGAUGGACGGCCUUAACCAGUACGAUGCAUUCAUAUCCGUCCACAAGGCGCAGCUGCAGGCAUCGGGCGUACCGGAACACUUUUGGCCGCAGUUGUUCCGCAAGCUGAAGCACCAGGAAUUCGACGCCGGCAGCAGCUUCUCUCUACUCCUGGUGGACUACGGCGAGGAACAGCGUUCCCAGGAGGAACAGCGUUCCCAGGAGGAACCCAUCUGGACGGUGGCCGUGGUCAAGGAGGGUGGAAUUCAGGCCAACGAUCCGACGGAGAUCUAUCUGGUCGACCAUGCGUGGACCUUCAGGGCGGACAAUGCCCGGCAAUUGCUGAACGAACAUCCACCGCUGGUCAACCGACUGGCCAUCAUGAUGGGAAUCGAACAGGAGGCUCUGCCAAGCUCGGUGAUCGUUUCCAAGAUUCUGAACGACGUUUGGAAGUGGUGCAACAUGUACUCGCUGAAUGGGGAAGGGCUGACCGUGGAGAACCGGAUGCCUAUCUGGUACGUUAUGGACGAGCUAGGCAGUGGAAUUUUGCAUAGCAACAGUCCGAACUGCCGAGUGGUGCCUUUCAUUCACGUCACGGAACAGAUGACCUACAGUUUGCUGUUUCCCAUAGAAGAUUUGGAAGAAGGAGAUCAGCUGUACCGGGAUUUCGUGGAAGGAGUUCCCAGUGAUUGCAAGGAACGUGAUGCCCUGUUGCUUCCGUGGCACUAUACUUCUCUGGCGGAGGAAAGUUACACCCAAAAGGAGGCUGCCAAGGAGUACUUCCUGGCGGGGCAUAUCGAGGAAUCGCUUCCCGAUCCGGAUGUUGCCCCACCGUUGUUCGAUGGUAACAGUCCGCUAAAGGUCUAUUCCGAGUACGAAAUGGUCAAUCAGUAUCUAACGGACCCGGGAUUUGAGAUUGUGCAGAGCCCGGAAGAGGCGGACAUUCUUUGGUUGACGUCCCAUUUCAAGCAGUACAAAGAAUUCAGCGAGUCCACGCCGAAUAAGUACGUCAAUCAGUUCCCGUUCGAGAAUGUGAUCACCAUCAAGGACCUUCUCAGCAUUGUGUGCAGACGGAUGGCCAGAAAGGGUGACCAGGAUUCGUUGGAAGCCAAUCCCCAAUGGCUGCCAGUGACGUACAAUUUGAAAACCGAAUUGGUUGAAUUUGUCAGUUACUAUCAGAACCGUGCCCACAAGGGGCUGGACAAUCACUACAUCGUGAAACCUUGGAAUCUGGCCCGUGGCUUGGAUAUGUAUAUUACUAAGAGCUUGACUCAGAUUAUGCGGCUUCAGCAAACCGGACCGAAGAUUGUGCAGAAGUACAUCGAAAAUCCGGUCCUAUUUGAGCGUCCGGAAGUGGAGGGUCGCGUCAAGUUCGAUAUUCGGUACGUGAUCCUGCUGAAAAGCGUCGAUGAGCUGUCCGCCUACGUCUACACCAACUUCUUCCUUCGUUUUGCGAACAAACCGUUCGAGUUGAGCGGUUUCGACGACUACGAGAAACAUUUCACCGUGAUGAACUACUCGCAGUUCCAGCUGAGGCACAUGAAGUGCGAGGAAUUCCUGGAACGGUGGAAGGUGCAAUAUCCCAAACAUCCGUGGGAAUCGGUCGAGGCGGACAUUUGCGACAUGCUGAAGGAGGUGCUGCAGGGGGCGACCAAGGUGGGUCCGCCGUGCGGAAUCGGAGCCAGUGCUCAGUCCCGGGCGUUGUAUGCCGUGGAUUUGAUGCUGGAAUGGGCGGACGGAGGAGCGACUAUCCAACCGAAGGUGCUGGAGGUGAACUUUACUCCGGACUGCAAGCGGGCCUGUGAGUACUAUCCGGACUUUUACAACGAUGUGUUCAAUGUGCUGUUUCUGGAUCAGGAGAAUCCGGACGUGCUGCGGAAGAUCGUUUGAGUUGGAUGAGGAAGGAAUAAAGGGCGAG